GGUGCGGGGGGGCCGCAGUGGGCAUGCGCGGCGUGUGGCUGGGGCUCGCCUGGCUGCUGCUGGGGCGGCCGGCCUGUGCCGGGUACCCGCACCUGGAGGGCGACGUGCGCUGGCGCCGCCUCUUCGCCGCCACCCGCUUCUUCCUGCGCGUAGACGCGGGGGGACGCGUGGCCGGCACCCGCUGGCGACACGGGCCUGACAGCAUCAUUGAGAUCCGCUCCAUCCAAGUGGGCGUCGUGGUCCUCAAGGCGGUGCACAGCGGCUUCUACUUGGCCAUGAACCGCAGGGGCCGCCUCUUCGGGUCGCCUGUCUACACCGCACACUGCGAGUUCCGCGAGCGCAUCGAGGAGAAUGGCUUCAACACCUACGCAUCCCUGCUCUGGCGCCACCAAGGCAGGCCCAUGUUCCUCGCACUGGACGGCCGGGGGGCUCCAAGGCGCGGGGGCCGGACCCGCCGCCACCACCUGUCCACCCACUUCCUGCCGGUCCUGGUAUCCUGAGCCGGCUUCCCGGAAGUGUCGCAUAGAGCUUCUGUCCUCUCCAGGCCGGCCAGAGGCGUGGGCUCAGGUCCGCUCACAAGCCAGGGCUGUGUGUGGGCUGGGGACUGUGCAGAACCCCAGGGCAGCCUGACCUCAGAGACCUGAGAAGGCCUGCAGGGCAGCUGCGGAGCUGGGGACUUCAGGGCCGCAGGGCCAGAGCUGAGCAACACAGGAUCGCACCGGAGGGGGGCGUGCAGGAGGGUCUAGGCGUCAGGGUGGGCAGCCUGGAGUCUGGAGGCAGAGGGAAACUGCCUGUCCUCUGCAGGCUGCUGACCAGAGAGGAAAGUCUGGGAUCAAGAGACGUGGGUGUGCUGGGAGGGAGCCCUGGCCCUGAGCUAGAGCUGGGUCCCCCCAGAGACAGCCCCAGGACAGAUCACUGGUGAAGCCUCGAGG